AUGGUAGACAAUCAAGAUAUAAACAUUUUUUUUGCAUCCAAUUUACCUUAUGAAGUUACAGAAAAUAGUUUAAAAGAUUUUUUUUCUCCACACCUUGAUCUUACAUUCACUAACUUGAAAAGGACAAAGUAUGGAGUAAAAAGUAGUUAUGGGUAUUUACAUUUCAGAAAUAAAAAAGAAGAUGUAAUUUCAUUUAUUGAAAAUAAUAUAUAUCAAAACCACAAAAUAUGGAUAGAUAUAUUUCAGGGCGGGGUGUGUGAGCAGGAGGAUAUCGAAAAGGGGGAGGGGAAUGAAGAGAAUAUCAAAAAGGGUGAGGAAAAUGGUGAGGAAAAUGGUGAGGAAAAGGGUGAGGAAAAGGGUGAGGAAAAGGGUGAGGAAAAUGGUGAGGAAACUGUUGGGGGGAAUUAUAAUGGUAGCCCAGACAUUUGGAGGAAUAUACAGUUUGAUAAACAAAUAAUCGAAUUAAUAAAUAAAAAUGGAGAUAUAACAAAAUAUGGAGAAUCAAUAAUUGAAAAUAUGAAUAUGUAUGAUAUUAUAUUAAUAAUAAAUAAAUUACAAGAAUUAAUACGGGCAUGUCCAGAAACAGCUAUUCAUAUGUUAAAUGGAAAUAAAAAAAUAUAUUAUGCAUUUAUUCAUACACUUUUUCUUUUGGGAAUUUUAAAUAUUGAUGCUAAUAAGUUAAAUGAUGAAGAAUUAAUAUUAUCCAAUUUUUACAAAAUAAAAAAUAAACUACAAUAUUUAUUUUUAAAUAAAAAAGAAAACCAUGAAAUAAAUAACAUUGUAGAAGAAGAUAUAACAUUUGAAAAACAAAUAAAUAAAAAUUGUAAUAAACAAAAUAAAUUAUAUAAUUACCAUGAAGAAAAUUACCAUGAAGAAAAUUAUCCUAAUGCUUUAUACAAUUUUAUAAAAAAAAAAAGAAAUGACAAUUAUAAAAAACAAAAUGAAUAUGGGUUAUAUUUAAAUGAUACAAAAAAAAUGAAAACGGGAGAAACCGCAAAAGAAGAAGAAACAGGAAACAAAAUAAGCGAAAAAAUAAGCGAAAAGACAGACGCACUGAAUAACAUUCAGGAAUAUGAAAACGGUUAUAGUGAAGUGAACGGUUUAAUUCCUAAUAGUUAUGGAAAUGUUUUAUACUCAUUUAUUAGUACCACAUCUAACAAGACAAAUCCAAACGAAAAUGGUUAUGUAGAAAAUAAAAUACAGUAUAAUAAAACUGACACAAAUAAAUCGGGGUUGUAUGGAAAGGGAUUAUAUGGUUCCAAUAAUAAAAAUAAAAAUAAAAAAGUGGAAAAUGAUAUAAAUAGUGGCCAGCCAUAUUAUAACAUUGAUGUAGAAAAUGAUGGAAGUGCCCACGUGGGGAAUACUAGCAGUGCCAACGUGGGGAAAAAUAGCAGUGGCAAUGUAGAGAAAAAUAGAAGCAAUAAUGUAGAGAAAAAUAGAAGCAAUAAUGUGGAGAGUAAUCAUGUAGAGAGCAAUAAUGUGGAGAGUAAUCGUGUGGAGAGUAAUCGUGUGGAGAGUACUAUUGUAGAGAGCAAUAGUGGGGGUGGCGGAGAUGCAUCUAACUUUGGGUCAAACAAAAAUGAUUCACGAGUUAAAGGUUUUGAUUUUGGAAAAAAUUUAAUAAAAAAAAUAAAUACGUCAAAUAAUCAACGACGAGGAAUAAAAUUAAUUGAUAGGACAUCUAAUGGAGAUAAUGUUGAAGAGAAUGUAAUUAAAAUAAAAAAUGUAUAUAAUAUUCAAGAAGAGAUAAAUAAAAAAGAUAAACAUCAAAAAAAAAAUAUUGAAAAUAACACAAAUCUUAAAAAAGUAUUAGAAAAAAUAAAUCUUACAAUUAAUGAAAUUCCAGAAGCAGAAGAACAAUUAAUAAAAGAAGUUAUAAAUCAAAAAGAUAUUCUUCAAAAUAUAUUAGCUAGUAAAUAUCAAGAUAUGUUAAAAUGGAACAAUGAACAAACAUUACGAGUUUUAUCUCUUAGAAAAUCUCUUAAAAAAAAAGGAUACAAAAUUACUGGAUCUAUAUAA